GAAGAAGAAUCCAAAGUUAUGACCGGAAGUGUUUUUCUGCCUCACGCUGUUGUUGAUGCUGUUCUCACAUUAGCUAUUUCCUCCUUGAGUCUGAAGAUAUCAGAGAUGAAAAAACAAGACACAGAAGAGUCUGCCACCCAGGGCAUUGAGGAUCCAGCUACAGCAGGAGGGAUGGAGGCACCUGCAGCUGCUCAAGACAGCUUAGACAGUCCUAAAGAGUCUGAAGCACAGACGCCACUGACAGAAUCACCGCCUCAGGACACGCCGCCACAAAGUGACACACCCCCUCAGACGGACACACCACCUCAGACAGACACACUGCUGCAGGACACACCUCAGCUGACGGUCACGCCACCACAGAUGGACACACCGCCUCAGAUGGACACACCUCAGUUGAUGGACACGCCACCACAGACGGACACACCGCCUCAGAUGGACACACCUCAGCUGACGGACACACCGCCUCAGACGGACACACCUCAGAUGACGGAUACGUCACCACAGACGGACACACCACCACAGACAGACACACCUCAGUUGACGGACACACCGCUGCAGGACACUCCACCACAGACAGACACACCGCAAGAGGAUGAGGCAACAAGUGAAGUUGCCGAGGCGACCCUCUCUCAGUCUGACAUGGCGGAGGCGCUGAGCCGGCAGCUGGAGGAUAUCCUCAGCAUCUAUUGUCGGGAGAGCAUCUCAGACGACGGUGGCACUAUGCCCAACGGCCAAUUACACAGCCCGGUGCUCAACGGCCUGAGCAGUGAGCGGGGGGGUGGCAAGCCAGAGGGCAAAGCCAACGGGGCCGGUAACGGAGGGGAGAAAGAGCAAAAGAAGACUCAGGACAAGAAGAAGGUGAAGGGUCUGGGCAAAGAGAUCACUCUGCUCAUGCAGACUCUGAACACACUGAGCACCCCCGAUGAAAAGCUAGCAGGCCUCUGUAAGAAGUACGCUGAGCUGCUGGAGGAGCACCGUAACACCAUGAAGCAGAUGCGGGUGCUGCAGAAGAAGCAGAACCAGGUGGUGCAGGAGAAGGACAACCUGAGGAACGAGCACAGCAAGGCCAUCCUCGCUCGCAGCAAGCUGGAGAGUCUCUGCCGGGAGCUGCAGAGACACAACCGCACCCUCAAGGAGGAGGGGGUGCAGAGGACGCGCCUGGAGGAGGAGAAGAGGAAGGAAGUGACCUCACACUUCCAGGUGACCCUGAACGACAUCCAGGCUCAGAUGGAGCAGCACAACGAGAGGAACGCCAGCCUGAGACAGGAGAACACGGAGCUGGCGGAGAAACUGAAGAAGCUCUAUGAGCAGUACAAACUCAGAGAAGAGCACAUAGACAAAGUGGUGAAGCACAAAGACCUGCAGCAGCAGCUGGUGGACGCCAAGCUGCAGCAGGCCCAGGAGCUGCUGAAGGAGUCGGAGGAGCGCCACGACAGAGAGAAGCACUUUCUGCUGAAAGAAGCGGUGGAGUCUCAGAGGAUGUGUGAGCUGAUGAAGCAGCAGGAAGUCCACCUUAAGCAGCAGCUCUCACUGUACACAGAGAAGUUUGAAGAGUUUCAGACCACGCUGUCCAAGAGCAACGAGGUCUUCACCACAUUCAAACAGGAGAUGGAGAAGAUGACUAAAAAGAUCAAGAAGCUGGAGAAGGAGACGGCCAUGUAUCGCUCCAGGUGGGAGAGCAGCAACAAGGCUCUGCUGGAGAUGGCAGAGGAGAAAUCUGUGCGGGACCGUGACUUCGAGGCUCUUCAGGGUAAAGUCCAGCGGCUGGAGAAGCUGCGUCGGGCUCUGAAAGUGGAGCGCAACGAGCUCAACAAGAAGGUCCAGAACCUCAGUUGUCCAGAGGGAGGCGCAGCAGUAACCACCACCGCCUCCGACCCAGGGACCGACUCCCCCUCUCCCACACCCACAGACUCUCUCCAUGUCCCGGACGCCCCCCACUGCUCCCACUCCUGCCACUGUGAGCCAGAACUGGCAGACGCUCUGCUAGAGGAAGCUAAGGCUCUGUCUGUCGCUGCACAGGAAUGAAGCAAAGCAGCGUCAAACCCCCCCCCCCCUACAAUAAGCCACCAGCCUGCUAGCCCCCCCCCCGCCCGCUUCCUCCUUUGCUGGAAGAAGCUGAAGUUAAACACUGGUCCAGAAACAGAUCAGAAAGCAAGCUUAACUUGUCUCCUCCCAGCAUGCACUGCAGGCUUUAAGACGGCGAUGAGAAGAUGCCUCAUCGGUCAGUCACCAUAGCUCCAAUACUGUGAAACCCCUCGUUAAGAUCACUGUUCAAUCAAAGCAUUUACAGGUUUUAUAAUAACCUAAUUUCCCCCCGAAUCAGUUUAUCAGUCUUGUUCAUUAUCAGGAAACAUUAGCUACUCCAUGCUAUUAGCGCUACCACGUGCUGCUGUUAGUGUUUGAAACACAGCUUCCAGUACACAACCUGCACUGAAUCCAAACAAAUAAAUCCCAGAGACGUUUCAAGUUCUGUUCAUCUUUCUCCAACUUGACCAAGACUUCCCUUUUUUAUAUGAAGGCUCCAGUAAUAUCCGUCUGUUUCGCUGUUUGAAUACACAUUCCCUUUUUGACUCAAACACAGAACUGCACGGCAACGUUAUAACAGAGCUGCUCGGGAGGACACAAGCUAGGCAGGAAUGUGACAAGAGGGGGCAUCAGAGGUUGUGUGUGUGUUCGUGUGUGUGUGUGUGCGUGUCCUCGCAAUGUGCUAUGAAGGUGUGUGAUUCAUAGCUUCUAAUUUAGUGUUUUUUCCAGUUCUUUUCUGUAUUAGGAAGCAAAUAACGUCCCUAUCUUCUCCAAAUCAUAGUAACAUAUAUAUAAUAUAGAAUUCUUCAUAAUUAUUAACGGACAUUUCUGGGUUUUCCUCCCGUUUUACACGUUUUCAGUUCUUGUAGACCUUUUUGAGGAGACAUUUUGUUUUUGUUCGUAUCACACUUCUUCAUUUCCACAGCGUUCGUUUGUGUGGUCUGUAUUUAUUGUUUGAUCAUUAUUAUUGAAAUGUAUCACCACUAAAAAUAAAGCCGUUUUUUUAUUCAUUUUGAAAACGUGUUACUUUUAGGACCAACAUUUUCAUUCCUAGCCUAUCAGAGCUCAUUUGUUGUUAGCAUCAUUAAGCUGUGUGUGUGUGUGUGUGUGUGUGUGUGUGUGUGUGUGUGUGUGUGUGUGUGUGUGUGUGUGUGUGUGUGUGUGUGUGUGUGUGUGUGUGUGUGUGUGUGUGUGUGUGUGUGUGUGUGUGUGUGUGUGUGUGUGUGUGUGUGUGUGUGUGUGUGUGUGUGUGUGUGUGUGUGUGUGUCCUCUCAGCCCUGAUAAUUGCAGUAGCUUGUAAUCAGGUUUUAACUCGAGAAUGUUCAAGGACCUCUAUGCAACGCUUGCCUUUUGGUUUUUACUCUGUGGCAGUCUCAACUCGACAGGCACUUCGCUGAGAAUGUAAACUCAUGAUCUCCACUGUCCUGCAUGGAUGUAUUGUAUAAACAGACUACAUAUCUCACAGCAGAUCCUUAUCUUUGCUUUGGAUUAAACCUUGUUAAUCGCCUCUCGGUUGAGCGGAGUGUUUGACAUGGAGCAGUGACUGAGCCAUAAGUAGAGGAAAUGUUAUUGGACUUUUGAAUUGUAGUUUGACACAAACAUGUCAAUUUAUCUUCAGACAUUCUUAUGUAUUUCUUAAAAUGUAGCAUCUUGUAGAAUCAGUCAUUUCCAAACGUACUUCUUCAUCGUCCCACAGAUCAGACUCGCUGUGCCUCUGCUCCUGUGGGGGGUGUGGAGGUUCAGUGACCGUGACAAGGAACCAAAGAUGUUUCCUUAUUUUGUCUUUUGCAGUACUUUUAUCUGGCCCUGUAUAUUUUUGUUUCUUGUUAAUAAAGGAUGUAACAGUGUU